CGGAACAAGCGGCGAAUCGUCGGGGAGAGAGAUCAGCGGAAGGGGACCCUACUAGAAAACAGAUUUCUCCUCCUCUUCGUCUCGUACCUGCACUGCACAUCUCCACGGUCUCAAUCGCUCGCCUAAUUAAGCCGACGACGCAGUCCUCCGCCGCUCGCAAUGGCCGGCCUAGCCGACGGCCGCCGUCCGACCAAGCGGUCGAAGGCGGAAGCCUCGGCCAGCAUCCGCUCCACCACCACCAUCCACUCGCUCGGCGACGAUCUCCUGCUCGCCGUCUUCCUCCGCCUCCCGUCCCUCGCGGCGCUCGUCCGCGCCGCCCUCGCCUGCCGCGCGUGGCGCCGCGCGGUCGCCUCGUCGCCGGCCUUCCGCGCCCGCUUCCGCGCAACCCACGGGCCGCCCUUCCUCGGCCUCUUCUUCGCGCCCUCCGCCCCCGCGCAGGCGCCCAACGUCCCCGCCUUCCCUUCCUUCGUCCCCUCCCGCCCCCGCUACCGGGACAUGGCUGCCGCCGUCCGCGGCGGCGACUUCUUCCUCACCUCCCUGCAAGAUCGCCCCCACGACGAGCAGCAAUGCUGGGACGUCAUGGAGAUCUGCGGCGGCCACUGCCUGCUCAUGAAUUGGGAUGAUGGGUUGUUCGCGGUGCUCAACCCAUUGACGCGGCGCACUGAAUUUGUUGUCGAUUUGAGCUCCGCGGAGUUCUCUGAUGGGGCGUGCGGCCAGCAUCACACAGUUGAGCUCACUCCUCGCCUGAUCUGCUCCGACGGGCACCCCAAGUCGUUCCGCCUUGUGGUUCUUGCCAUUGAUGACUCCAGGGUGCGUGCAAGCAUCUGCUCAUCGGACAACACCGGGGAGUGGGAGUGGUCGUCUCUCCCAUGGGUGGACAUCCCAGAACCUGUCAGGUCAGAUGACACUGGCUGCUGGCUCCUGAAUGAGGGUACCAUGCAAGCCAAUGGAUCCCUCUACUGGGUCUACGAGGAUCGGAGGUAUCUGCUUUCGCUUGACGCCGCCACGAUGGCGUUCUCCGCUGUUCAGCUUCCACAGUGCCUGAGACAUUGUUCUUCCCUUGAUGUCGGCGAAACAAAGGAUGGCGCGACCUGCAUCGUUUACGCGCAUCAAUUGAAUGUCGGCGUUCUGAUGCACACCAAGGGUGAUGAUGGUGCUGCUGAGAGAUGGGUGAUGGACAGGGUAGUUCCCUUGGGCAAGGAGCUCGAACGAGUCCUUCGAGCCCCGCUGCGCGACGGCAGUGUACUGAUGCAUUUGGUGGAUAACCCCAGACAGGUGUUUGUGUUAGCUGUCCGCGACGGCUACGCGUAUUUAGCAGCAUCUCCGAUGUUCCAUGAUCCCCAACCUCCUUGUUGGUUCCUGUCCCUAUGUUUGGAAACGAUGAAACUGGAAAGGCUGUUUCGCAGGACAUUUGACAAUCUUGUUCAGCCGUACACCAUGGCAUGGCCUCCUUCUUUAGUCGGUAACUAUGGGAGGUUUGCAGUUGAAGAUGCUCCAUGAAAUGCAGUACUCCUUGGUCAUUGGGCAUGGGAAGAAAAUGAGCAGAAUCUACGAACCACUGCCUUGCCUGUGAUUAAAUCGAAAUGCUGAAGUGAUACUAGAAAUUGAUUUAUUUUUCUUUUGUCGGGUUGGCCGAAAGAAAGGCCGACCAAAUUUCAUUAAGAUUGGGGGUAUGUACAAAUACUAGAAAUUGAUUUAGUUUGAAGCUGUAUCAAACUGAAGAAUCUAGUCAGGUUGCAUGAUGUCCAUCCUUUGUUUUUGGUCUUA